UUUUAAAAAAAAAAAAAUUAAAAUUAAUAGGAUUUUUUUUUUGGGUAUUCCUGAACUUGGCGAUUGCUCAACAAACAAAAACCAAAACUGAAACCAAAAAAGAAAGAGAGAAUCUUCAUUGGUUUGCCAUCGCUCUUCUUCUUCUUCUUUCUUCUUCGCUCUAAAAGCUUUCUUUAUCUGUCUUUUCUCACUACCCUCUCGUCGUUUUCCUGUGUUUGAACUUCUCUCUCUUUCAGUUCCCUUGUCUAUGGCAUUUCAUUUCUCUUCUUUUCUUCAGAUGCAGGUUCAGCUCGAUAAUUCGUGAUUUCGAAAUGAUCCUGAGGUCGCCGAGCUUCAUUGUCAUUCGAAAAUAGGCUAUUCCUUGCUUAUUGUCAACUUUGUAAUCAUUCCAAUUGUUAUAGCUGUAGUAUUCCAUUUUUUCGUUUCAAUCGAAGAAAUAAGAGGUGGGCAGUUUGUUGAUUCAAGCAAUAAUAUGGGCUAUCUCAAUUCAGUUUUGUCAUCUUCUAGCCAGGUUCAUGCUGACGAUGCACCCGUCAGCGGUGGUGGACUCAGUCAGAAUGGGAAGUUCAGCUAUGGAUAUGCGAGCUCUCCAGGGAAAAGGUCUUCAAUGGAAGAUUUUUAUGAGACAAGAAUUGAUGGCGUGGAAGGGGAGAUAGUUGGUCUCUUUGGAGUUUUUGAUGGUCAUGGCGGUGCUCGUGCAGCUGAAUAUGUCAAGCAAAAUCUUUUUAGUAAUUUGAUCAAUCAUCCAAAGUUCAUUUCUGACACCAAAUCUGCUAUAGCUGAUGCAUACAGCCACACAGACUCUGAAUUCCUGAAAUCAGAAAACAAUCAGAACAGAGAUGCGGGAUCAACUGCUUCUACUGCAAUCCUAGUUGGUGAUCGUUUACUUGUUGCAAAUGUUGGGGACUCCAGAGCUGUAAUAUGCAGGGGUGGUAAUGCAAUUGCUGUUUCAAGAGAUCACAAGCCAGAUCAAACAGAUGAGCGCCAACGGAUUGAGGAUGCUGGAGGGUUUGUAAUGUGGGCUGGAACUUGGAGAGUUGGAGGUGUUCUUGCUGUUUCUCGUGCAUUUGGUGAUAGGCUUUUGAAGCAGUAUGUUGUAGCUGAUCCAGAAAUUCAGGAGGAGAAGAUAGAUAGCUCUCUUGAGUUCCUUAUCCUUGCCAGUGAUGGCUUGUGGGAUGUUGUCUCCAAUGAGGAGGCCGUCGCAAUGAUUAAGCCAAUUCAGGAGCCAAAGCAGGCAGCAGAGAGGCUGAUGCAAGAAGCAUAUCAGAGAGGAAGUGCUGAUAAUAUUACCUGUGUUGUUGUUCGUUUCUUGGCAAAUCAAGGGGGCUCAUCUCGCAACAGUACUGGUUAGGCACCCUUUCAUUAUUGCAAGUGUUUGGUCUCCUUGGGGUGCAAUAAAAAUUCAUUAUUCUGACAGUUUUAGGAAAUCUAUGAUAGCAUAGUAUUGUACAAGGAUAGAGGCUUAAUCAGAACCAUCACGGUGCUAACGUGUAUUUACAUGUCUUCCAGCCUCUAGUAUAGAAUUGUAUCCUAGUUUUUUAGCUUCUGUACUUGGGCCUUUCUUUUCUUUUCUUUUUUUAAGUAUAGUAGAAAAUGUUAAUGUGUUCGUCUAUUAAAAAGUGUCAUAAGACCACAUUCCUAUAUUUGUGUGCUCUGUAAAUGUGGUUUCAAACUUUGCCGCCUUGGUCGCUUUAUGAGAAUUUUGUUUUUUGGUUGUUAA